GUUGGUAUCCGCGCUUGCUUCUGGCCCGGCACCUGUACAGGUAAGCCCUCCGGGUGGGCGGGGGUGAGCGGGGGUUUGGUUGGUAAGGAUGCCGCUGAUAUGCAUAAGCAUCUCUCGCCCUACAAUAUACCAUUUACAUGCCAUAGCCAGACUGUAGUAGCAGGUGAUUCUUCUCUCUCUAUGACCCUGCACGACUCUAGGUACUUCCCUUCGCCCCCCCCCCAAAGCCCUUACCCAUCGUCACUCUUUUUCAUGUCUCACCCGGAUACGCGGCUAUGAAGUGCAUCAGCGUGACGCUCGCACUGUCGCUCAUCAGCUCUCUGCUCCCGCUGCUCGCGGCGUCCGACGCGUAUGCCUCACCUCAAAGGUUUGAGCACCGCCGACGCCACCAGCACGUCGCAGUGCACGUUGGCGAUGCGCAGACGACGAGCGGCAGCGCCCUUGCAAACAAGCAUGUCGUUUCGUCCGAACGUGCGCAAACGAACAGCAAGACUCAAGCUAAGUCAGAGGCAUUUACCCACCCAGGCGUACUCGUCAGCAACGCGCAGCUUCGAUAUGUCAAGUCGCAGCUCGGUCUGGACCAAGACGGGAACUUGACGACCGCGAGCAAAACGCCAUGGGCAACCGCGUACUCGCAUUUCAUCACUGCCAACUACACCUCGCUCUCCUGGGCUGCGUCGCCGCGUGCGAAUGUCGAAUGCGGCUCGUACUCAAACCCGAACCUGGGCUGCACGGACGAGCGGCAGGAUGCGAUUGCCUCAUACAGCCUUGCGCUGGCAUACGUCCUGACGGACAAUGAUGCAUAUGCGAAAAAAGCGAUCGAGGUGAUGGAUGCGUGGGCAAAGACGCUCCAGACGCACUCGAACAGCAACGCUCCGCUGCAGACUGGCUGGGCGGGCGCGAUGUGGCCCAAGGCAGGCGAGCUGAUCCGCUACUACUAUGGUCACAAGUGGCCGUCGUCAAAGCAAACCCGCUUCCAGUCGAUGCUGCGUGACAUUUACCUGCCUACGAUCAUCAACGGCUCUAUGUCCAACGGCAACUGGGAGCUCGUCAUGAUGGAGGCGGCGAUCGGUAUUGCAGUCUUUCUCGAAGACCGCUCAUCGUACGACAAAGCAAUGCAUACAUUUCAGAAGCGCGUCCCGGCCUACAUCUACCUUGCAUCGGACGGCAGCCUGCCCAAGACGGUGCCCAAGCAGAACCUCAACUCGAAAGACAAGAUUAUUGCCUACUGGCAAGGGCAGAGCAAAUUUGUCUCCGGCCUUUCGCAGGAGACGUGCCGCGACUUUACACAUGCCGGGUAUGGCCUGGCUUCGAUCGCAAACGUCGCAGAGACGGCGCGGAUCCAAGGCAACGACAUUUACCAGACGACCGACCUGGGCAAGCGUCUGCGCAGGGCGCUCGAGUUUCACACACAGUACCAAAAUGGCGAGCCUGUGCCCUCGUGGCUCUGUAAUGGCGCGUAUGCGGGCGACCUUGAGGGUAUGACCGAGGUCGGCUUCAAUGCAUUCUUCUUUCGCGCGGGCAAGAGGAUGCCGCAGACGCGCGAGUACACGGUCUCGCGUCGCCCGCAGGCGGGUAAUUCGCUCUUUCUUGCCUGGCAGACGCUUACGCACGCAGAGCAGCCAAAUUGAGACACACUGCCUUUUCGCUUCGCAGGGCCUUUUUGCUGGUCAAAAGCGGGCCCUAGCAGCGCAUUUCAGAGCGACCCUUUUUGUACCCUACAUGUACCACAGACUUCCAUUAAGUUGGUCUAAAUCGC